AUGAACUAAAGAUAAUUAACUUUAUAAACAUUUCUUCAAAAACAACAUAAUAUCAAUUUAGAAUACCAAUUACCAACUGCUGUCACUACCAACUCUGUCCCAAUAUCAUAAUUAUGGAGUGAAAAAUAUUGCUAAAAGGUCUUGAGAGUCAGCAAUCUUAAAACUUUUUAAUAAUCAUAAGAAAAACAAAAAAGAAUCACAGCACAUAUCAAAGUCUAAAAAUUCUUUCAAAAACCCAAAUUUGAGAAAGUUAAUCAAUAAUAUUAAGCUGCUGAAAUAUAUGGGAUUAACUAAAUUAUAGAGGAACUUGAUAAAGAAAGAAGCGAUAUUAAGGAUUUAUCAUAAAGAAUCACCAGAAGUGUCUCGAGAGAAGAAAAAGAUGUUAAAUUCAAGUAAAAUAGGGAAAAUAGAAAAUAAGAUGAAUUCAUCGCUUUCUUACACAAGAAGUUUUCAUUGAAACCACUCAUUAGGCCAAGAAAAUAGAAAAAUAAUAUUGAUAUUACUAUAUGA